UCGACCCCGUCGACCUCGCCCACCAUGCUCCGAGGAGGGCGUAUCGCCACCACAGCUCGCUCUGCAGCACCGGCCAGCCGCCGUACGCUCGCCACGGCGCCUGUCCCCGUCGAGCUCUCGUUCGAGAAGCAGGCGCCAUCAGCCGGCUCGGGCUCGUCGCGAGCACCGCUCGUCGUGCUGCACGGCCUGUACGGCAGCAAGCAGAACUGGCGCAGUCUCGCCAAGGGUAUGGCUGCCAAGCUCGAGCGCGACAUCUACACCCUCGACCUGCGCAACCACGGUGCGAGCCCGCACAGGCGCGAGUGCAGCUACGAGGACCUCGCCGCCGACGUCAAGGCGUUCAUCGAGCAGCGCGAGCGGUUGAGCGACUGCGUCGUCGUCGGGCACUCGAUGGGCGGCAAGGUCGCGAUGGCGCUGGCGCUCGGCGGGUGCGAGCCUUUGUCGAAGCUCGUCGUCGUCGACAUCGCUCCUGGCGUCGGCAAGGUCUCGCCCGAGUUCCAGGCGUACCUCGACGCCAUGAAGGCGAUCGACGACGCGCAGGUCAUGUCGAGGAAAGACGCCGACGCUAUCCUCGCCAAGACUGAGCCUGACCUCGGCGUGCGCCAGUUCCUCCUCACGAACAUGGACCGCGCCAACCCUUCCUCGCCAUACAAGUUCCGCCUGCCCCUGCACUUCCUCCGCAACGCGAUCGACGAGAUCGGCCACUUCCCGUACGCGCCAGGCGAGAGGGUCUUUGAGAAGCCGUCGCUCUUCCUCAAGGGGGCCAAGAGCAAGUACAUCAACUCGCGCAACAUCCCCAUCAUCAAGCAGUUCUUCCCCGACUCGCGGCUCGAGACGCUCGAUGCCGGUCACUGGGUGCACGCCGAGCGGCCAAAGGAGUUUGUCGAGCUGCUUCAGUCGUUCUGCAAGGAAGAAUAGACGAGGUGCAGGCGGCGAGCGCCUCUGUCUUUAUCAGCCUCGA